AUGACAAUAGACAAGCCAAUACAUGAAAAAGCACAUAUCCAUCAUGCAUCAUCUGUUCCGAUACAUCUCUCAUUAUCACAAUCACAAGAACCCACCCUGAGUUCCAUCUACACUGAAUUACACGACAAAAAAUCAUUGCACAGUGAAUCCACACUGGCGCAUCAGCAACCCAAAUCAGACAAUGACUACAACCAUUGGGAUCCAUCGGCGCCCAUUACGCCUCAAGAAAUCCAUGACAUCUUUCUCAAUUACCAAGUGAAAUACGGCUUUCAGUCUGACAAUACACGCAACAUGUACGACCACCUCCUCACCAUGCUCAACUCACGAUCUGCUCGUAUGUCAACACAACUCGCUUUAUGGACGCUGCAUGCAGACUACAUUGGUGGUGAACAUAGCAAUUACCGAAAAUGGUAUUUCGCUGCUCACCUCGGUCUAGACGAUGGCCAUACACCAAGCAACAGUCCAACCGGGCUGCUGUUAUCAGAGGCCAAGAGAGAGUGGCGAGAACGGAUGGAAUCCAUGUCUGAUCAUGACCGUGUCGCUCAUUUAGCCUUGUACUUGCUGAUUUGGGGCGAAGCUGCUACACUGAGAUACACGCCUGAACUGCUCUGUUUUCUCUUUUACGUUGCAGAAGGCUACAGAACAAGCGGCAAUGAGCCUGGCGCUGUUGUACCUGCUUUCCUCGAUGCUGUGGUAUCGCCACUGUACAACUUUAUCAGAGACCAGUCAUACCAAGUGAUAAAGGGCCAUUAUGUGCGCCGUGAAAAGGAUCACUAUCAAAUCAUCGGAUAUGACGAUAUCAAUCAACUGUUCUGGGACCGAGCUGCUAUUGCUAACCUAUCGCUGCUGGAUAACGGAGGCUAUCUCAAAGACAUUCCCAAGGAGAAACGCUAUCUCUCACUGGGCCAAGUGGAUUGGAGCAAGGCCUUUGACAAGACAUUCUAUGAAACUCGGUCCUGGUUUCAUCUCUUGCUCAACUUCUCUCGCGUGUGGAUCAUUCAUGCUGCUUCAUUCUGGUACUACAUGGCUGCUAGUGUGGAUUUCAUCUACUUGGACAGAAAGAGGCAAAAUGGAAGCCAAGAGUCAACGACUGUAGAUAUGCCUGUUAAACUCUCGGUGGUCGGUUUAGGCGGUCUGGUGGCGAUUGUGCUCAUGACAGCAGCUACCCUGGCUGAAUUCAACUAUCUCAAAUUGAGCGUCAAAACAGCAAGCAUACUUACUACCAGGCUAUUUAUUUUGAUGCUGAUGGCUUGCUGUCAUGUCGCCUGCUCUGUCUACAUUCUCAAGUUUGAUCAGACCAGCACAUUGGCACUAGUUUUAGCGUCAUGCCAAUUGGGCGUAGGUGCUUUGGUGUCGAUCGUCUUGGUCAUAGUCCCCUCUGCCAAUCUGUUCCAUCGCCAGAAAUCAAGUCGCUCGCUCUCGUGCAAGGCAUUCACUGCUAAUUUCGCCACCAUGGUGGACGAUGAUCGCUUUCUGUCUGUCUUGCUGUGGAUCUGUGUCUUUAGCUGCAAGUUUCUGGAAACCUACUUCUUCCUGGCGCUUUCCUUUCGUGAUGCUCUCUCUGUGACAACACUGAUGCAGCUCAACAACUGCAGUGCGGAUCCACUGCUAGGCCACUGGCUGUGCUCCGUCAUGCCCGUACUGACUACGGCUCUUAUGUUCUCGGUGGAGCUGGUCCUGUUCUUUCUAGAUACGUACCUGUGGUUUGUGAUUUGGAGCACCAUCUUUUCCGUGUCUCAAUCCAUGCGUCUGGGCAUCUCUGUCAUGACAUCCUGGCGGCAGUUGUUCAUCAGACUGCCUCACCAUAUGUUCUCUAAGGUCACAGCCACCAAGGAAUUCAUCUCGGUGCACAUGCGUCGGAUGGCGUGCUCUCAGAUGUGGAAUGCCAUCAUCAUCAGCAUGUACAGAGAUCACUUGCUAUCUGUCAACCACCUUCAGUCGCUGUUGUAUCAAGUGCAUUUGGAUCAGGACACACAAGAUGGCACUGCCAAGCGAGAGCUUCAUGCACCGCCCAUAUUUGACCCUGCCCUGUCGCUCAACAUGGAAGAUUACUUUCCAAAGCAAUCAGAGGCAGAACGAAGAUUGUCCUUCUUUGCCCAGAGCCUCUCCACGCAGUUUCCUCAGCCAUGCUCCGUUCAGUCAAUGCCCAUUUUCACAGUGUUCACACCGCACUAUGCCGAGAAGAUGCUGUUGUCGCUGCGAGAGAUCAUACGCGAAGAAGAUUCCACCACGCGUGUCACCUUGCUCGAGUACCUGAAGCGACUGCAUCCCAGUGAAUGGAACAACUUUGUCAAGGACACCAUGUUUAUAGCAGAAGAAAAUCAAGUGCCCUCCAAACCCACUGAAAAGGAAGACUUGCCAUUCUACUGCAUUGGGUUCAAAUCGUCCGCCCCUGAAUAUACGCUGCGUACUCGUGUGUGGGCCUCCUUGCGUGCUCAGACAUUGUACCGCACCAUCAAUGGAUUCAUGAACUAUGCCCGUGCAUUGAAGAUUCUGCACCGCAUUGAAACCCCUGACCUCAAUGACCCCUCCUCCUCCUCCCUCGACAACAACAACAACAACAACAACAACAAAGACGAUACUACUACUACUACAGAAGAUGACGACCUAUCCACCAUGAACGAGGCAUUGCCAGAUGACAAAAAGGAGGCGACCGAACACUUACUGGAUACAAUAGCACAUCAAAAGUUUCGCUUCUUGGUAGCCAUGCAGAGAUACGCUAAAUUCAAUCAAGAAGAAGCAGCCAACUGUGAGUUUUUACUGACCGAAUACCCACAUCUUCAAGUGGCCUACAUCGACGAGCAAGUAGACCCAGAGACACAGCAGAUUACCUACUACUCGGUGUUGAUUGAUGGCCACUGCGAAGUCUUGCCCAACAACAAGCGUGUGCCCAAAUACCGCAUCAAGCUCCCUGGAAACCCCAUCUUGGGCGACGGCAAAUCAGACAACCAAAACCAUGCCCUCAUCUUUUACAGAGGCGAGUAUCUGCAGCUGGUAGACGCCAAUCAAGACAAUUAUCUGGAGGAAUGCUUGAAGAUUCGCAGCAUUUUUGGUGAAUUCGAGCAACAGGGCCAACAACUGUCAUUGGAGCACGUUUAUGCGCUGUCAGGUAGCAAGGACGAACAGACCAAGGAAUCGCCUCAAUCGCCUGUUGCUAUUGUGGGUGCGCGUGAAUACAUCUUUUCUGAAAACGUGGGCAUGCUAGGCGAUGUGGCUGCUGGUAAAGAGCAGACCUUUGGCACGUUGACGCAACGUAUCAUGGCCAAGACAGGUGGCCGCUUGCACUACGGCCAUCCUGAUUUCUUGAACGCCGUGUUCAUGACCACACGAGGCGGUGUCUCCAAAGCACAACGAGGCCUGCACCUGAACGAAGACAUUUAUGCUGGUAUGAACGCGCUGCUUCGGGGUGGCCGUAUCAAGCACACGGAAUACUUGCAAUGCGGUAAAGGCAGAGAUCUGGGGUUCUGCUCUAUCCUCAACUUUACCACCAAGAUUGGCACGGGUAUGGGUGAACAGUUACUGUCUCGAGAAUACUACUACUUGGGUACACAGCUUCCUCUGGACCGCUUCUUGACCUUUUACUAUGCCCAUCCUGGCUUCCACAUGAACAACAUCAUGAUCAUCUUUGCCGUACAAGUGUUCUUGUUCUGUAUGACGCUGGUGGGUACCAUGGCUGCUGGCCUGCCUCACUGCAUGGGAAGCAACUGCUUUGACGUGAGACCCGUGUACGAUUGGUUGCAGCGUUGUAUCUUGUCCAUUUUUAUGGUCUUCUUUAUUGCCUUUCUACCAUUAUUUCUGCAAGAAUUGACUGAGAAGGGCACAGGCAGAUCCAUUUGGCGUUUGGUCAAGCAGUUCUUGAGUUUAUCACCUUUGUUUGAAGUGUUUGUCACUCAAAUCUAUGCCAACGCCGUGUUAUCGAACCUCAGUUUUGGUGGUGCAAGAUACAUUGCUACCGGAAGAGGGUUUGCUACCUCCAGAUUGCCCUUCUCUGUGCUCUACUCGCGAUUUGCUCAUCCAAGCAUCUAUUUCGGCGCACGCACCAUGUUUAUGCUGUUCUUUGUGUCGUUGGCAUUAUGGAUCCCUCAUCUCAUCUACUUUUGGGCUACCGUGGCAUCACUGCUGGUGUCUCCCUUUGUGUUCAAUCCUCACCAAUUCGUGCUCAUGGAGUUUAUCAACGACUACAGAGAGUUCCUAGGUUGGUUGUCGCGUGGCAAUUCAUCCAGAUCUUAUGAUCACUCGUGGAUCUCAUUCUGUCGUCAAAUCCGUACGCAGGUAACAGGCAACAAGAAGAAGGCAAGACAAAACUCGACUCUGUCUGGCAACAAGCCCAUUGUAACUGUGCCUCGCGCUCAUCUGUCAAGCAUAUUUUUCGCAGAAAUCAUGAUGCCGCUGAUCCAGGCUGUCUUGUGUGUAGCGUGUUAUACCUUUUACAAGAGUCGUGAACAGGUAGACACGUAUGGCGCGCUCAAGAAUCCAGUCAACACACAGCUAGGUCCAUUAGGGGCCUUGGGUCGCAUCUUGUUCAUCUCGUUGUCCCCUAUUGUCUUUAACGCCAUUGUGUUGCUGUUUGUACAGGCGUUCUCGCUCAUGGGAUCUCGAUUGAAGAGAACAGGCUUCUACAUGUCUACGCUGGCUCAUACUUUGGCAGUGCUUGGCUUUAUUUUGUUUUACGAAGUUUUAUGGACAUUGGAGAGAUUUCAAGUGCGGUCUACAUUGUUGGGCCUGCUCUCGGUAUUUGCGGUGCAGCGGUUUAUUUUCAAGUCAUUCAUAGCCAUCUUCUUGACUCGAGAACUUCAUCAUGAUGCAACCAAUCGAGCAUGGUGGUCUGGUAGAUGGAAUGGAAGUCAGGUGGGCAAUCUGGCUGCAAGAGAAUACAUUUGUAAAAUUGUCGAAAUGUCUGUAUUCACCACAGAUUUCAUUUUGGGCCAUCUGAUUCUAUUUGGCUUAUUCCCAUUCACACUGAUCCCAUCCAUUGAUCGCAUUCACUCGCUCAUUCUGUUUUGGUUGCGACCUUCAAAACAGAUCCGGCCCUCUGUGUUGCCUACAAAAGAAAGAAAGAGACGUAGAAGGAUCGCCUUGAUCUACGGUCCGCUGUUUGUUCUUGUUUUACUCUGGUUUGCUGCUCUUAUUAUUUUGCCUCCAAAAUUAUCCCCCAAAUUACCCUUAGCAUAUCAGAUGAUUGUCAAGUAUUUCUAA